AUCUAAUGUCAGCAAGACCCUCUGGAUAUUAGUAAUUUAAGGAUGAACAAGUCAAUAUAAGUAUAAGCAGAUAAAAACCUGAGGAGGUAGAAGCAGGAACUUUCUUGAAAGGAGGCUCAGCUGAUUUUCCAAUAGAUUAAAUUCCACCAAGUUUUGAAUUGGCUGAGCUUCAUGGUGUAAGAAAUAUAAAAAUUUUAGUAAGCUUGGAAUGUUGGGACAACAAAAUUAUCUAAAAGAUAAUAAAGGAGAUUGUAACAGAACAAAAAUAGCACAUAACAAAACAACUAAGAUGAUCUAAUAGGAAAGAUUUGUGAUUGUUGUGCUAGAUAAGUGCCAAAUCAUUUAAUAGCUAUAGGUUGCAAUAAUAGAGACUAUUCUUUUUUAGGAGCUGGUAUUAUUUAUUAUAAUUUAGGCAUGCCAUUAUAUUUCGAAUAUAUUAAAUCUUGUAUAUUAAUGCUUUUAAUUAUGUUUGUAACAUCAGGUGAUUAUAAUAUUAUAACAAAUAUUGCAUUUGGAAAAUCAUGUAAAAUGCUCGAAGAUCAUAAAGGCUAAGAGAUUGAUGAAAAGAGCUUUUGUUAACUAAAUUGGGUAACCCAAUCUUCUUUAGCAAAUAAAAGAAAUGGAUCAGAAUUCAUUGAUCUUUAAUAGAUGCUAAAUUUAAUAUCAAUGAUAACAUUAAUAAUUUUGUUUUAAUAUUUUAGAAAAGAAUAAAGAGCAUUUGAUGCAGAGAUUGAUUCAUAAACAUAAUAUGCUUCUGACUUUACAAUUUAUUUAAAAAAUAUUCCAACUGAUCCAACAGGAUUAUAAAAUGGAGAUUUUGAUGAUGAUUUAAAAAAUUUUAUGGAAGAACAUAUUUAAAAAUUUCCUAAACUCCCUGAAAUAAUUGAUUAUGAAUAAGAUAGAAAGCAAUUUUAAAUAUAAACAAAGAAACCAGUUAAAGACUUAAGAAGAGUUGUAGCAGUGAAUUUAUGUUAUAAUUUAGAUGAAUAAUAUCAAUUAGAAUAAUAAAAAUAGACAAAAAUAGCAGAGAAAUAAAAGGUAGUAUUAUUUUAUAUAUUUAGAUAUUAUCAAAUUUAUAUGGUUAAGGUAAGGAUCCAUUAAGUUCAGAAGUAAAAUAGGAUCCUUAGGUUACUUAAAUAGAAAGUGAAAUAUAAACUAUUGAAGGAUAAUUGGAAACAUUAGAGAAGAAAUUUAUAGAGGGAAAAGAUGUUAAGAAUUAUUUUUUGGGAUAAGCAUUUGUAACAUUCUAAUGGGAGAAUGAUGUUUAGCUUUUAUUAGAAGAGAAUAAAGUUUCUAAAUUAUAAAGAUUUUUUGGAAAGAAGAGUAAAUUAAUAUACAGAGGAGUACCUUUGAUUGUAGAAGAACCACCUGAACCAACUGAUGUAUUUUGGGAGAAUUUACAUAUAACAACAAAAUCAAAAAUAUUUAGAAGAUUAAUUGGUUAUACAAUUACAGCAAUAAUUUUAAUAGUUUGUGGUGGAUUGAUAUAUUGGUUAUCAGCAAUUUAAGCUGAAAGUGCUGAAGAAUAAGCUUAAGCAGUUAAAAGAGGAGAUUUAUCACCUAAUUUAAAAGUGAAGGUAAUAGCUUAGAUUGCUUCUAUUUCAAUUAUUGUAAUCAAUGCUUUACUUGCUAUGAUUAUUAAGAGUGUAUCGAUUUUUGAAAAGUUUUCUACAUAAACUGGUUAUAAUAUUAGUUUAGCAAGUAAAUCAAGCAUGGCUUAAUUUAUUAAUACUGCAGUAAUAACUUUUGCAAUUAGUACUUGGGUUACCAAAAAUAUUUAUGGAGCUGGAGGUUUAGUUUAUAAUUAAACCUAUGUAUUUAUUUCAAAUGCAUUUAUCCCUGGAAUUGUUCAACUUUUAGAUGCUGGAACUAUUUCUAAAUGGUUAUUUAAAUAUCUAGAAAAGAGGAAAGGAAAUAAAUCUAUUAAAACAUAGAAAUAAUUGCAUGAGUAUGCUAUAUUAUUUAAAUUAGUUUAUAUGAAAAACCAAUAUUUGAUAUUUCAACUGCUUAUGCUGUUGUUUUGAAAAAUAUGUAUGUGGUUGCAUUUUAUGCUUCAGUUAUUCCUCUUGCUUUAAUAAUUACUUGUGUUGCUUUAGUGUUUCAUUAUUGGGUUGAAAAAUAUAAUAUUGCCAGAAGAAGAACUAUUAAAUAUAAUUAUAGUUCAUAAAUGUCGAUUGAAAUGAUAGAACAAUUGGAAUUAGUUUUACCAAUAUAUUGUGUAUCUAUUUAUAAUUAUUAUUAAGUUAACUAAUUUAUGGUGGGAAUAUGUAUUUUUGGAAUCUAUUUCUGUUGAAGCUAUUAUUGGUAUCUGUCUUGGAGUUGGAAAUGCAAUUUUACCUAUGCAUGAAAUUAAUGAAUCUAUGUUUUCUAUGAAAUCUGAAAUUGAUGAGCAUUUACCUAUUCAAUAAGCUGAAGUUGGAUUUUUAACAGUAAUUUAUUUCUAUUCUAAUAUUAGGAUUAUUGUAGAGAAAAUCCUGCAACUGCUGAGACUGCUAGAUAAUAAUAUAAGAUUAGAGUUGAAAAACAUAAAGAAUAAUAGUAAACAAUGGACAAAAUGUUUGGAGAUGCAUGA